AUGGCGAUGGCGCGCCGGAAUGCCCAGAUCAUAGUGGAGUAUACCACAGCUUACCCCUUCAAGCUGCCUGAGUGUUCGUUGGUGUGCGUGUACUGCGAGGAGAGCGUAGCGACCACACAGUUCCAAACGCACAUGGAAUCUCAGCACCCAGAAGCCAAAGUCAAAAUAGCGUUCGCUCAUUUGAACGACGGCUACAUCAAAGCUGAUUGCACAGAUUUAAAAUGCAGAACUUGUUCAAACAAGUUCGAAACGCUUGAAAAUAUCGCAGAUCAUCUUGUGUCAGCACACAAAUUGCCUUUAGAUCUAAAUUUCGAUUUGGGAGUGCAACCGUUUAAGUUCGGAACUGAACAGUUAAUAUGCACAAUGUGUGCAAUGAAAUUCGCGACAAUUCGAUCGUUGAGUAGACACACGCAAUCUCAUUUUAGAAAGUGCACGUGUGAGCUAUGUGGCAAGUCUUACUUAACAUCAUCCUCUUUGCUACAUCACAUGAAAAUCAUCCAUUCAAUUAGUAGAGAGCAAAGGAUAUGCGAGAAAUGUAAACGCGUUUUUGAUUCGCUCGAAGCUAGGAGGAAGCACGUUUUGGAAUCUCCAAAAUGCUGGAGAUAUUCGUGCAAAUGCUGUUUCGAGAGAUUCGUAUCGGCUACUUUGAGAAACGCACAUCAGAAAGAGGUUCAUGGCAUCGAUAAAAGAUCUUACGCGUGUCCAGAAUGUAAAAAAGUAUUUCCGGACGUAAUGCGAUAUAGAAUACAUCAUAAAAUUCAUCAUACAGACGAAUUUUUCGCGUGCGCAUGCGGUCGCAAAUUUGAGUCCAAAUAUCAAUUGCAGAAACACCGCGUGACACACACUAAAGAAAGAUUGUUUUCGUGUCCGGAAUGUGCCAAAUCGUUUCCGAGAAAAAACACCCUGAUGGGCCAUAUGUGGAUUCACAGUGAGAACAAGAGAUUUGUUUGUAAGAUUUGUAAUAAACAGUUCAAUCAGAAAGUCAGCUGGAAAACACAUAUGAAGUCAUAUCAUCCCGAGACGGUGGUUUAAACCUUAAAAAUCUAUCUUUUUCUACGAAGGUUGCAGUCUGUCCAUUAAGAAUAGAAAAUGAAUGAAGGUGUUGUGUUUAACAACCAAUCAUGGCUAUUAGAUUUGUUAGUGCAAUAGGAGAAAAUAUAGUUCGUUAAAGCCUUUUUCUAAAAAUUAGUUAGAAUAUAUAUGUCCGUCCAAAUCAAAAGGGACCUUAUGGCGGCUGGCACAUAAGUCUUUAUUGCCGUUGUUCGAAUACAAAACAACGGCAUUAAUGGCGUAAGUGCCGGGCGCCUUAAGGUCCCUUUUUAUUUGGACGACCAUAUAUGAGUAUCCAUCCACAUGGUAGCAUAGAUAGAUUUAAGCAGUGUUGUCUCAGUUAAUUCCCAAAAAGCGAAAAUUGUUUUCACUGGACUUUUAGGGUAUUGGGUGUAGUUACAUCUCUGUUCGGCAACGUAUGGGUUGCCACGUAAGCAUGGGAUGAUUUAGACGAUGUUUCGUUACUGCCAAAACGUUUUCCAGGAAAGACACGUUGGCUGGUCACAUGUGGAUUCACAAUGAGAAUGUAAAAUUUGUAAUAAGACGUUCAAUCACAAAGUCAGCUGGAAAACGCUUAUGAAGUCUUACCAUCCUAAAGUAAAUUAUAUAAAAAUUACGUUUGAUAUAAGUAGGAUUUCCGUGGCGCAGAAUAGUGCUACCGACGUCCGAAACCAAUACAUUUAUCAUAUGAAUUUUAUGCUUAGAAAGAUUUGUAAUUUAAAAUUUGACGUGAAAAAGUACCUUUGAAGGUCUAAUUUCUGAAAUGCUCAAAGCAUUUCAGAAAUUAGACCUUUGUAGUGAAAA